UAAUUAAAAUACAGACAUUCAAACUAAAUAUGUUUCUUUUAUUGAAAUUGGUAUUAAUAAUUUUAACAAAUAAGACGCAUGCGUAUAUCACGCAAGAUUGCGAAAUAAUAUUGCUGCCGGCAUGGAAUCCAACAGGAGCAAAAGAGAUACCAUUAACUCUGAAAGUUUUCGGAAAAUUCAUGCAGCUGAACCUGCGUAGAAAUGACCAGGUUGUAUCGUCUGCGUUCGAAGUAUGGAGAAAUAACGCAAAGGGUGUCGCAGAAAAAUUGUCGAAAUUGAAAUCUUCGAAUACUUGUUUCUAUCUUCACAAAGAUCAUGUCAGUUCUGCGGUCAUCAACUUUUGUCAAGAACAUGGAUUGGAAGGAUAUAUUUUUGUGGAAGAUAAUAUGUUAGAGAUACAGCCUUUACAGAACGUGUUUGCCCCUUUGAUCUUCACCGACGAUGUUUGCAUUAAAGAACAAAUUAAUCAAACAUUUGGCAAACCUCAUCUUAUUAAAAGAUCACUUCAAUAUUAUGAUGAUUCUAAUUUUCACCAUAUGAACAAUUUUAAACGGAAACAACGUGACGUAAAAAAUAAGGAAGAAAAUUUUACCAUAGAAUUGGCCGUAUUUAUUGAUGCAGAAACAUAUCGCCAGUUUAAGGCUGUUCUACACGAUGAUGCAAAGAUACGAGAGAUAAUGUCUGUAUAUGUGAAUUAUAUCCAGACUUGCUUUCAUCAUCCGAGUUUGGGUAUCCUCAUCGAUAUUUAUCUGAUACGUGUGAUCAUUUUGAGAAAACAACCGGCAACUUUGCCAGUUUUUGACGGCGAAAGUGAAUCACUGCUCCGUUCGUUUUGCAACUACGCGAAAACACUUAAUCCUCCAUAUGACAAUGAUCCAGGUCACUGGGACAUUGGCCUUUACAUAACACAAAUGAAUCUUUUUAAAAGUACAUCGAUAGGUUUUGGGAAGGCGACUGUACAGCGUAAAAACUAUGAAAUUUGGGGAGAAUCCUAUCACGAUGGUGCAUGCAACCCGCAUUCUUCAUGCGCGAUAGUCCAAUUUCUUCCAAAUGAAAUCGAAACUGCAGGUUUCAGAUCAUCUUUCAAUGCCGUUCAUUUAAUCGGAAAUCUUUUAGGAUUGGAACCCGAUGGGCAACAAGAAGACGAAUACAUAAUGUCACGUGCCCGACCCUAUCCAAGCAGCGUAACAUGGUCUCCAGAUAAUCGCGAGAGGAUAAAAACUUUGUUGGAAACAAAAUCGUGUUUACGAGAUAAUACGAGACGGAAAAAACUCGAUGAUGAUGACGAUGAUAAUAAUGAUGACUAUGAUGAUAAUUGGUCGACAUCUGACAUAUUUCAAGAUCCGCAAUAUUACGGUUUACCCGGAAGAGAAUGGACCGCCAAAGCACAAUGCGAAUUAUUUUUACGUGACAAAGAUGCGAACGUUGUCACGUAUCAUGAUACAUGUCAAAAUUUACAUUGCGAGACGCCUCACAAGAAUAAGUCUUACUUCGCCAAACGCGCGCUGAACGGAACUCAUUGUGCACUCGGGAAAGAAUGUCGUGGCGGAGAGUGCGUGCCCGUUAUCGAACCGCCGUACAUUUUUAAGUAUUGUGAAGAUGAUAACUGGAGUGAAUGGAAGGAAGACUCUUGUAAAAGCAGUUGCUUAAGGAAAUCCAAAGGCAUACGAGUCAAACGACGUUUUUGCGAACAUAGGACUCAUAGAACGGCGAAUUGCACAGGAUCAUAUUACGACAUGGUUUUAUGCGAUGAUUCCUUACUCUGUACUGAGGAACGAUGGACGAUCGACGAGAUUACUAUCACGAAAUGCAGGAAGUUUAGCAAAUUUGCAAAAGAUGCAAAUUUGACGGUUGAAUUGUCGGUAAAUCUGCCGGGGAGACAGUAUUCUCAUGAUGCCGAAGAACCGUGGAAAGCAUGUACUAUAUACUGUCGAAAGAAAACAUCAUCUGAUUACUACGCUCCACGCCAAGAAAUGCUCAACAUUGGUGUCGACACAUACUUUCCCGAUGGAACGUUGUGUCACAAGGAAGAUGGUCAGAAUUAUUACUGCCGCCAGCAUCAUUGUCUGCCAGAAAAUUACUCAUUCGAAGAAUAUGAAUAAUUCGAAGUAUAAUUGACGAGACAUGAUCAACAUGUAUGAAAGAGGAUGCAGGGAACUAAAAUUGCAAACCGCGUGUCAGUUUAGAACCGUUGAUCAAUUUGUUACUAUUUGAUUUAAAGUAGAGACUUUCCAAUGAAUUAUCGUUGUUAACAUCUGUUUCUCUCAUUUUUCAUUUUUUAUUUUAUAAAAACAAAGUUAUAUGAAUAAUUAUCUAGAUUCGUUUAUCAUUAAAAACAAACUUUAUCGAUUAUUGUUAGUAAAAGCAAAAGAAGAGAAUAGUAAUAAUAGAUAUGUUCAUGACAAGUAAGUAUAAUGUAUUAAAUAAAAUGGAGGCAUUAUUAUUACAUUUGAAAGAAAGUGAAGAAAUGUGAUUACGUAAAGGAGUAUAAUAAUCCGAUAUGUCAUCCAAUUCCAUACUGCUUAAUGUUUUAUUAAUGUUUUAUUAAUAUUUAAUUAAUUUGUAAAAAAAAGUAUGAAUAUUC